AUAAAUGCUAGGAUAGUCAACCACCUUUUUUCAGGUGAGAAACAACCAAGAAGUCGAUAAACCCGGUAGUCACCCAAAUUCCCCACGUAAUACAUACAAUGUGAACCAUGCACGAAUGGGCCAACACAACCCUUAAGAUAAGCAUUAUUAUUAUAUAUAACCAAGAACACAAUCAGUACUAAACCAAGCACACAAGACAAGAUCAAUGGCUUUCUUUCAGUACUGCAUUCUGCUUUUUGUGAUCUCUACUUUGAUUUUGAAGCAAACCCUUGGGGUGAUUGGAGCUGCAAAUGAUGACUGGCUUGCACAAGCAGAGUGUCACAGCACUGGGGUCCCCGAAACGUGUAUGCAGUGCCUCAACUCCGACCACCGCACCGCAAAUGUUGAGAAUCCGGCGGGGAUCGCCACCAUCGUUGUCGGCUGUGUAAAUAGCCAUACGGACAACCUGGUCCAACAAAUGACACAGCUUGCUGCUUCCAAUCAUGACAAGGUUUCAGCCACGCCCUUGGAGGAGUGUUGUCAAAUGCUCUCUUGCGCGAAGAAAGAAGUAAUUGCAGCAGAUGAAAAAAUACACAAAUGCGACUUUGAGGGCGCUGAUAAAUCAAUGGAUAGUGCUUAUGCAUAUGCGGUCCAAUGCCAUCAAAAGCUUGAUGAAGCUUGUCAGAAAUCCGAAAUGGAGAUUUCAGAGAUGGUUGUGAACGAAAUGAUAGUUCAUGAACAACUCUGUGAGGCUGCAAUGAGAAUUAUCGAGCGAUGCAAGUGACUACCUAGCUAAUUAUAACUGGCUUAAUAAUAUGUUUCCUUGGUUUCCUCCAUCUCUCGUUCCUUAGUUGGAUGAGUGUACUUUAACUACUAAGAUGAAUGAGAUGAUAUAAACUAAAUAAAAGUAUU